AUGAUUCAUAAGUGCCUGCCCUGUUUUCGUGCAAAACCUCGUCUAGCUAAUCACGAUCCCGGUCUCUUGCCUGAAUAUCGCGUCACAGCUGCGCGGCCUUUCCUUAAAACCGGAGUAGAUUAUUGCGGUCCGUUAUAUAUAAAAGAAAGACGACUUCGUAAUCGCAGCAAACUCAAGGUCUAUGUAGCCAGCUAUGUAUGCAUGUCCACGAAGGCUGUACACCUAGAGCUGGUUUCCGAUCUUACCACGGAAGCUUUUCUCGCCAGUCUCAAGCGCCUGUUUUCUAGAAGGGGAAAGUCUAUUAAAAUUUUUUCCGAUAAUGCAACCAAUUUUGUAGGUGCUGACCGAGAGUUACAAGCACUAUUCGAAUCAGCUGAGCACCAAACUCUCCUUAAACAGUAUCUCGGUACUGAAGGGAUUGCUUGGCAUUUUAUACCUCCUAGAUCUCCUCAUUUUGGAGGGCUCUGGGAAGCCGUGGUUAAAUCUUUUAAAAGACAUUUAAUUCGAACUGUUGGAGAUACCUUAUUGACAUACGAGCAGUUAGAGACGUAUAUAAUCGUAAUAGAAGCGAUAUUAAACUCUCGUCCUUUAUCCCCUAUGUCCUCUGAUCCCAAUGAUCUUUUACCCCUGACCACUGGUCACUUCCUUACUGGUGGUUCAUUGACUGGCUAUCCGGAGAUCGACUUCUCCAGCACUUCAUCCAAUCGCCUGUCUGCCUGGCAGCAUGCACAAAAAUUAAAGCAGCAUUUUUGGGAACGCUGGCAUAAAGAGUAUUUGAACAACGUAAUCAGCUCACAUCACCGAUCUGGAAAUGACAGUCAACUGAAGGUGGGAAUGUUGGUGAUGAUCCUCGAGGACAACCUACCACCCCUGGCCUGGUCCAUAGGUAGAAUUACUGCCAUUCAUCCAGGAGAAGAUGGCAUCGUACGUGUGGUAACUUUGAAGACUAAGAAUGGCGAGUACAAGCGUUGUACUAAGAAGUUAUGCCCUUUGCCCCUGGAGUAA